UGUCCAAAGAGCAGCAGUUUUCUGUGUCUGUGACGGACUCAGAUUUGAAAUGUUCCUCCCAUAUGAAUAAAAAUUCGGGUCAUCAGGAAAUUUGACACCAGAAGUGCGAAAAGACAACAGACAACAGCAGGAAGCUGUGGCCUUUAUAACAAACAGUGACAUCCAGCCCCACCAGAGCAGGCAGUCAGUCGGCGUCGAGUGGAGCAGCAUGGCGAUCGCGGCCCUCUGCACCGUCGCUGCCGCUCUCACAGUCCUUCCCAACAGAUCCCAGUUCUUCCAGUACGAGUCCGUCUCUCUGAGCUGUGGGCAGCAGGGAAAGUCUCCUGAGUGGAGGGUUAUGAGGAACACGAGCAAAAGCACAAACCAACACUGUUUCAAAAACUUCAGCAGCGGGGAUGUCAGAAAUGAGUCCCAGUGCCUCAUCGAUGACCUUUACCCAUCAGACUCUGGGGUGUACUGGUGUGAGUCUGCAGCAGGACGAUGCAGCGACACCAUCUGGAUCACUGUGACCGCUGGUCCUGUGGUCCUGGAGAGUCCUUCUCUGCCUGUGACGCAGGGAGACGACGUGUCCCUGACCUGCAGGACGAGGACGACCUCCUCCUCCUCCUCCUCCUCCAGCCUCACUGCACAUUUCUAUAAGGAUGGACUUCUGAUCGGGAGCAGCUCCACAGGACACACGACCAUCCGCAGGGUUUCCAAAGCCGAUGAAGGACUCUACAAGUGCAGCACCUCUGGAGGCGCCGAGUCUCCGGACAGCCGGCUGACCGUCAGAGCAGGACGUCCUGAAAUGCUCGACUUCCCCCAUGCGCACAUUCUGCUUCCUGUGGUGGUCGUGUUCCUCUCGCUGGUCUCAGCCUCGCUGCUCUACUUCUGGAGACGCCAAAAAGGGAAAAGCGACUCGGACGUCUCGUACACCGACGUCAUCAUCUCACAGGAAGUGGGGCCGAGGAGGAUCACAGGUAAACAAAGGUCAAACACAGUGGCAGACGUCUUUCUCUGCAUCAGCACUUCAUGUACAGGACGUAGAAAAAAAAUCUGAACUUUUCUUAUGAGAUUUUGAACUGAAAUUCAAAACUACAUCAGACUUCAGUUUCCAGAGUAGAAAACAGUGUGAACUCUCCUCUCUGACCCUAACUCAUUACUUUCUCUGUGUGGCACACCUGGGCACACCUCCGUCACCAUGGUUACAGUAACCAAAGCACGAGCUCGUAUAGCAGCUCCACCCCCUGGACUUCAGGCUGCACAGAACAGAAACUUGGUGACUGUGGUCACUUCAGUUUCUGUGUUUAGUUUUAAUGACACGCAGCCUAAUAAAAACAACGACGCAGACCCGACAGGUCAGACAUGGAGGACGAAUGUCAGCUUAAUGUCAGCUUACAGACAGGAAACUUUAAAAUAUCCCAAACGCUGAACCUUGAAGUACUGCACUACAGACCAGUUCUGAGGUAACUGUACUGUACUGUAGUAUUUGCUUUGUCUGCUACUUCCUCACACCUUCUACUGGUCAAAUCAGACUAACAUUUAAAGCUUAUAAACCGCGAUGCGCUGUUAGCAGACGGCUUUGCAGGGUUUGGACUUGAUUCACACAUCUGAAUUAACAUUAAAUUAAAAAUGUUUUAGGCAGCUGAUCAAUAACUUCUCGGGUCACAGAGAAGCUGCCUGGUUGGAACACAGACGGUGUUUCUCAGUGAUUUUGUCCACCUGCUCACCGCACUGUUUGUCCUUCCUUGAUUUUUUUUUAACGUGUGCCCGGGCUGCACGCCUGCGCAGUAGGCAAACACGACAUGCAUUGCUGACUGCUGGAGACGUCUCUCUGACAGAUCGAUUGAUCAGCUGAAGAGAUGCGGGACAAACCCAGUUUGUGAAACAUCUGGCCUGUGGAGUCCGCGUCUGGAGGAGGAAUACCCGGCAGGUGAACGUGUUUCCCGGUCGGACUUCCUGCGGGGUUGCCGCUGUGGGUCUGCGCUAACACCCGGAGCGGAUUUUGGAGCCGUCUGCGGUCUGAAGUGGACUGAACUCUGGCACAUGAUGUCGUCUGUUCUGUUAAUGUCUUUGUUAUCACCUGGACGGUUUCGCUUGUUUUAACUGAGGUGUUCCAUGUGAGUAGACUAAACAAGGCCCAGUGUUUGACAGAAACCUGAUGGAAACAUGAGUCAGCCUCACGUGAGUUUCACUGAUCUGGAAUAUUUAAAUCCGUGGGUGUGGGCUCACAGGCGGACAUUGUUCUCCACGGACUGUCUGUCCACAGUGAAGAUAAAACAAUCAGAAGAAAAACACGGCAGGAAGUAACUGAACAGUCGAUCAAACCUCUUCCCUCUACGUCAGCCCCCCCAGGCCACAUCAGCCUCCCAUGGGGACGCCAGGGAAAAGCCGUAACAUGAGUGAAAUCCUGGCAGCCUGACUCUCAAAGUGAGGUCUGGGGACCCCCCACGGGCCCCUGAGAGGUUUCCAGGGGGUCCCCCAGCAAGAAGAGGACUCAUUUAUUUUGACUGUAAUUCCACCCAUAAGUAACAUGAUGAUAGAACGUGUGGCUGAUUUGGUCACGAUUUUCAUACACCUUCUGAAAUAAAAUGUCUAAAGGCUAAA